AUGUCAACAGCACAUCUAAGUACAAUAAGUGUUCGAAAUAAAGUUCAAUAUGAUAUGAAAAAUGUCCAACUGGUAUAUGCCGCUAGUUAUAAAUUGCAAUCACAGUCAGCAUUGGCAACAGAAUAUUGGUUUGAUUGGAGAGUUGUUGAUAUAGUAACUAAGCAAAAUAUUGAUUAUACAAUUGAAAAAAAUAUAGGUGAUAUAGAUUCCAAAUGUGACAAAAUUUCAGAUGGUUUUCGCUGUAGCACAUAUUAUCGUAGCUAUUGGCAAUUAUCUUGGCAGAUGAAUGAGAAAUUCUAUAAAAUAAACAAAAAUAGUGCACAAUUUAAUGUGUGGGAUAUAGAUGAUCGUGGCGAAUUAGAAAUAACAGUACUCAACGAAGGUGAUCAAAUUCGUCUUGAUUUCAAGUUACCAUCAGGAAAUGCCUAUUUUUAUGGCAAAAUGUAUGAUAAUCCAAUCUCAACUGAAUAA